AUGGCCGGCAAGGUCAGGGGGGCACUUGGAUUGGAGCAUCUAGACGAUGCAGUAUCUUUCAACAGCUUUGAUAACAUCCUGCAGCCACCUUCUUGGACAGAGCGUUUCCUGGAGGUACGUUUUGCCAGUUUGGAAGCCGUCCAUCAUCCUGUGACUACCACAAGGUCAGAGCGAGAUCAUAUCAACCGCGGGCUGCUGAUGACUAGCUACCAUGCAAUCCAGGAGCAGCUGCUGCAGACGAUCUGGAGCAACCCUUCUCACAGCAUGACCAUGCUGUACCGUGGCUUUCCCCGGCUCAUGCUUGAUAACCUGGCUGUCCAUCCCGACUGCAAGAACAAGCUCAAAAGUCAGCGGACGGUUCUGUCGAAGAAGGUGGCCCUUUAG